GUGCAAAGCCUUCCAUCUACAGUUACGAAGAUUAUUGCAUAGUGUGAUUCGUGUGGAGGACAAAAUAAGAAUAAAAACAUUGCUAAACUAUUUAGUUUUAUUGUUACACAUAUAUCUGAGAUUCAUCACAAGUUCCUUGAACCCAGGCACACUUACAUGGAAUGCGACCUCAGUUUUGGCUUAAUCGAGCAGAAAAAAAGGCAAAUCCCUGAAGUUUUUGUCCCCGCAGAUUGCGAGACUGUAAUAAGGGACACAUCGGCCAAAUUUAUUGCGUACAAUAUGAACAAAGACGAUUUUUACUCUUUUUCGCCGUUCAAUGAAAUUACGAACGAUCAAAAAAAAAAUAGUGACGGUUACCCCUUAAAAUGGAAAGAAAUUUGCUGGUUUGCUUACCAUAAAAGUGAAAGACUAACAUUUCGAUACAAGAGUACCCUAAACAUUGAUGUAGAGUUUAUCAGUUGCUUAAUGGCAACCUCAAAAGUUGGGCGUCCGUGUUUUAACUUUUCAAUACUAAAGCCUUUGAAUGGCACUUCAAUAAAGAUUAAAGUCGCCAAGUACAAAAACUUGCUUAGCUUAUUGGAAUACAUUCCGCCCAUUCACCAUACAUUUUAUAAAAACAUGAAACACAGACCCUGGCAUCAAGCCAAAAAGUACCUGAUAUAGAUGAACCCCAACCAAGACCAGCUGAUUCAGAUGAGGAAAAUGAUGAAGACAUCCAAAUAUUAGAUUCUGAUUAUGAAUAAGAAAUUUUGUUAUAGAUUAUUUUUAACUAAUGUUUGGUUUAGUACGGUAGUUGCACUUGAAUCAUGUUACCACC